AAGACAAACAGGGGUAAAACGGCAAUGUCUGUCCAGCAAAGUAGAAAAACACAAGGGAGACUAGGCACCCAUAUCGAACAAGAGCUGUUUCUCCAACAACCUCAGUUCGAAGCGAACUUGAGUUGUUAGUUUGCACGUUGCCUCUCUCUUUUCUGUAAAUAUUCUGGUAUGUCCAGGAUACAAUGUCAUAAUCUAUUACACGUGAUUUUUUGGAUGGUGUUAUCUUUAUGGCAUGCUCCUCAAGAAAAGCUAUAGCAGUUUGCUCGAUCUUCAGAAAAAGCUACUCUUCCGUUGUUGCUGUGGCUUCAAAUGCCAUCAGAUUGACCUGUAAUAGCACGUAUGGGUCCCACGAUUUGGUAACGCUGUCCUCCAUUUCAUAUCAAAACUUUAAACCACAAAGUGAGCUGUUUUCUCGACAGUUCUGUUCCAGUAGAGAGCCAGAGACAUUAUCUUGGGGAGUGUCAUCUAACAUUGUUUUGCUGGGAAAGCUUGAAAAUGCGUUGAAGAAUCACAACUUGGAGGAGGCUUGGGUAACCUACAAGGAUUUCAAACGUCUUUAUGGUUUUCCCGACCCCUCUCUUGUAGAUAAGCUUCUAACUGAGUUGGCGUACUCAUCUGAUUCUAGCUGGCUUAAAAAGGCAUGCAAUAUGCUAGAAUCUGUUUUGAAAGAAAAAAGGGAGUUAAUACGCACAGAGUUAAUGACCAAGCUCUGCCUAUCGUUGGCUAGAGCUCAAAUGCCCGUUCGAGCAUCAUUAGUUCUCAGACUGAUGUUGCAGAAAGGAAUUCUCCCACCAAUUGAUAUGCUAGGGGUGAUAAUAUUUCACAUGGUGAAGACUGAUACUGGAAUGAUUCUGUCGUCAAACAUUUUGAUUGAGAUAUACGGUAGUUCUCGACAAUUAACCACAAAGAAAUCCACUUGCACUGAGUUAAAUAAACACGAUACACUUCUUUUUAAUCUUGUUCUUGAUGCUUGUGCAAGAUUUGGAUCAUCCAGUAAAGGCCAUCAGAUUAUUGAGUUAAUGGCCCAAGUUGGAGUGGGAGCUGAUGCUCAUACUAUUUCAAUUAUUUCCUUGAUCCAUGAGAUGAAUGGUAUGCGAGAUGAAUUAAAGAAAUUUAAGAAGCAUAUAGAUCAGGUUUCAGCUUCAUUGGUCCCCCGCUAUCAGCAAUUCUAUGAAAGUCUCCUGAGUUUGCAUUUCAAGUUUAAUGAUAUCGAUGCUGCUUCUGAACUUAUACAGGAUAUCUAUAGAUCUCAAGUGUCGCAUCAUGAAAACGGAGAUGAGACACAACCACCUAAACCGUGUCUUGUUGCUAUCGGCUCUGAUAAUUUGAGGAUGGGAUUGAAAUUACGAAUUUUUCCGCAUUCAUUAUCAAGAGAGUCUGUUUUCAUUGUGGGACGUAGUCAGGUGCUUGUUAUGUAUAAGAAUGGGAAACUUGUCCUUAGCAAUAGAGCGUUGGCCAGUCUUAUUAUACAGUACAAGAGGGGUGGGAGAAUUAAUGAGCUGUCAAAGCUUCUCUGUAGCAUCCAGAAGAAGGGCUCAGUUGAAUCUACCAGAAUGUGCUCUGAUGUGGUUGCUGCUUGCAUUUGCAUGGGUUGGCUUGAAACUGCUCAUGAUAUUUUGGAUGAUUUGGAUUCUGAAGGAAGGCCACUGGACACUAGUUCAUAUAUGUCUCUCUUGACUGCAUAUUGCAACACAAAUAAGCUAAGGGAGGCAGAGGCACUACUAAAGCAGUUAAGAAAAUCAGGUGUGGUCAUAAAUGCAUCUGAUCCAUUGUCAGCUCCUGCUGAAAAUGAAAGCAAGAAUAAGCUGAAACAAUUAGGCUCUAUGGAGAAAGUGGAGUUGGCUUACCAUAUUGUUGAAGAAAUGAGGGCAGAAGAAAACAAGGUUUCUUUUAUGAUGCACGAUUUAAAUUCUUCUAUCUACUUCUUUAUGAAGGCUCACAUGGUUGAAGAUGCCGAAAGGGCUUAUCGAAAAAUGCAGGUAAUGAAGAUCCAUCCUACAGUGUCAACUUUCAUGAAUCUGCUUAAUGGGUAUUCUUCUUUAGGGAUGUAUCGUGAAAUUACAAUCUUGUGGGGAGAUAUUAAAAGGAACAUGGAAAGUCGUAAGAACUUGAAUACCAGGGAUUUAUACGAGUUCUUGCUAUUGAAUUUUCUUCGAGGUGGUUAUUUUCAAAGGGUGAUGGAGGUCAUUGGUUUGAUGAAGGAGAAUGGCAUGUAUUUGGACAAGUGGAUGUAUAGGCGUGAGUUCUUGAAGCAUCACAAGGGUCUCUACCUAAGGAUAAAAGUAUCUGAUGCUAAAAAUGACGUACAAAUUCAGAGGAUUGAGAAUGUGAAGCACUUUAGGAAGUGGGUUGGCCUGGAUUAAAUUUUUUUAGGUAUCAUAGAAUAUUCUUCAUGCACGUUGGGGAAAAAAGUCAAGAAAAUAUUGACCCAUCCUUUGCCAUAUCUGAGAAGUGUAGUACAUCUGGGCUGGUUCUUUCAUUGUAAAUUAUGUAUCUCACGCAAAGACAAAAUGUAUCUUUCUCUUCAGUUGUUUAAUUGGCUAUUGUAUCUAAUAGAUAAAAUUUAAAGGAUCAGGAAACUGUGUUUUGAUUGGUUCUCCGGAUGCGAUUUCUGCUCCUUGUCAAUCUUGAGUAGCACUUUGAGUCAGAAUUGAUACUGCAACAUGCGUGGAAAUUGAAAAUUACUCAUAGAAGUGUAUUCCAAGCCUGUAGCAACCUGUCAUGGAGCUGAAAAAAAUUGCAAAGGAGAUAUCAGAACCACUAGGUAUUUGGCAGAAUAACCUGCCUCUAUCUGUACGCUCUCAUCGCUAUGUUGAGGUAUUUGUAUGGUUGUAGUUGAUAUUCAGUUGUCCUAGUUCUUAUCUGCAAAGAAGGUUUUCGGAUAACAGUUGCUGUUUUUGGUUUUGAUGUCCAUGACCCAUCUUUGGGAUCAUAAUUACAAAGAAAAGAUCGAAGAGCAGUCGGUGGGAAUACAUCUUCAUUUAUAGUGAUGGAAGAAGGGCUCUCGAUGCACUUGGGAACUUAACUGAUAGGGUCAUUCUAGGUUUUAGUAAACUUCACUUAACAACCUCUAAUUCUGUUGGAUUAGAAUGGAAAUGGCGGUUGGGAUCUCUUAUAUAUCAAAUUUUCUUGGUGGAGAUCUUUGAUUUCACUAAUUGGAUGAUAUAUACUUUCUGGUUGAACUAUGUCUACACGUAUUCCAUGGUGAUUAUUUGAAGUCUUUGGCUAAUGCGUUUGUUCUUUUAUCUUUGUUCUGUAUUCCAGGCUAAGGACGACAUCCUCAUGCACCUAUUUCACUUGUUUGGCGUAGUCGGCGACUCCCUAUUCAGUGCUAUGCGUGGUUCCUUGGUAACAUCUAGUUUGAUCAGGGAAACCACUUACCCAUUCUCUCUUUUUCCCAUCGCUUUCAACUUACAGACAAAAGACUGAAAAGAGAAAGCCUCCCACAUUCCUCCUGUGUCACGAGACUCACGAUCAAGUCACUGUGAGUAUCAAUGGCAACUGAUCUUGUAAUAGCUUAUUUCAUGUUGAGAUCUCUCUCUGCCUUAGGCUUCAACUUUGAUUUGUCCCUGCGGAGUAUCUACAAAAAAUUUGGUAAUAAGUAUUCUGAACCAGUUCUGCUCUCAUCCUGAUGGACAAACAGAUCUCCUUGUCCUCACCUGCAAAAUGCUACAGUUUCUUGUAUGAGAUUUCCUGCUUCCAGAAUGCUACAGUUUCUUUUGUGAGAAAAUUGCCUGUUUCCAGAACAGAGAUGUUUUACUCUUUAUUUAGGCAAAGUUAAUGUUGUCUCUUCCUGUUGAUCAGCUUGCUGAAUAGAUACAUGAAAACUUCCAUUUGUUCUUUUU